AGAGAUUCACCUGCAGGAAAAAAACUCAUCACAAAAAUGUAUUAAAACCCCAGAAGAAUACGUGGUUUUGAAACUAUAAAUCUUUUGCUUUUAACCUUUUCACGGAAGAUAUAAAUAUUUGUCUGGGAGACUGACAGAGGAAAGGUUGGGAUAUGCGAAUUCUAUUGCACGGCGCAUUGUUGCUGUUCGCACGUUGUAGCACUGCUGUGAUGACGUUUAGCGUUUAUGUAUUGAUGGAAUGGUGAAAAUGGACAUGUAUAUAAUGGACUUUGCUUGAAAAGGAAUACAUAUGAAUUAUGCGAAGAGGAUGAAAACGUAUUUUCACAAUGCAGCCGUGUAUAUUACACUUGUAGCAGUCAUUUGUAUGAAUUCAGUUACGCCAUUUUCGUGUCCAGAAAGUAUUGCCAAAUUGUGUUCCUGUUAUACAAAGCAAAUCCACAAAUCUGGCUUGCGCCAAGUACAUCAUUACGUCGACUGUUCUUCAAGAGAAUUUUUCAAGGUGCCAUUUUUCGACUUUCCUGAAGGAACAAAAUUAAGGGAAUUACGAUUGCAAAACAAUUCUAUUUUAUCACUUUCAUCGAAUGAUUUCCACCACCCGAUUAUAGCAGAACGAGUUGAUAUAAGUCGGAAUCCCGUAGGAAAUUCGCUGCCAGAUGCGUUUUUCAGCACAGUUGUUAGAAAUGUUCAAGCGAUAAUUGCCAGAGAGAUAGGCUUAGAUCUUCAGAAUGUGUCAUCACUUGCUUUCACGAGAAAUGCAUUUUCUCUUCAAGAGUUAGACCUAUCAAGAAAUUGGGCUUAUGGAGUGGACAUGCUACCAGCACUUUUUAUAGACAACAACAUACACUCUCUUCAAAACCUUUCUUUGUCGUCCUGCAGAAUAAGACGGAUAAAUGCGCAUGCGUUCAUUGGAUUAGUGCAUCUUCAUGUUUUAGACCUCAGCCAGAAUUUCCUCGCGAAAGUACCAAAAGCAAUCAAUAGACUGAGUCUUCUUCGAAAGCUCAACUUAAGCGAAAAUGAUAUCACAGUUCUUCGGCAUGGUGAUUUUAGCGAACUGCAUUGCCUACAAGAAUUAGACCUUUCAAAAAACUUGCUUGGACAGCUUGAAGCAUUCAGGAACGGAGCUUUAUUCGGGAUUGGAAAUUCACUCACACACCUUUACCUACACGACGCUCAUUUGACAAAUAUUCCAUCACGAAUGCUUUCUGAAUUAAAUAUUCUACAACAUUUAGAUUUAUCCAGUAACAAAAUAUCGGUUAUGACCAACAAUUCAUUUAAAGGGAAAUAUUCUUUGGUCUCACUAGAUAUUAGUGACAAUCCAUGGAUAAUCGACGCACGCAUGUUUCACGGCGUUGGACAGACUUUACGAGUUUUGCGUAUGCGAAGAGCUGGCCUUAACUACAUUCCAACCGCAACACUUCAAUAUCUUCAAGUUUUAGAGGAGUUAGACCUUUCAUUUAAUUCCUUACUAUCAAUAAAUAGUAAAGACCUGCACAGUAUUUCUGCUAGACGUUUACUCUUUCGGGGGAACAAAAUACAUUUCAUCAGUCCUGAUGCUUUUUCGCAUUACAAGAGACCAGUCGACGUAGAUAUUUCCAGAAAUGAGCUAUCCACGCUGGAUUUUAUAUUUGAAUCAGAAAAAUGCACGUUUUACAAGGUAAACAUCACUUCCAAUGGCUUUCUCUGUGAUUGUAACAUUGAAAAGUUAAUCAGUUCCAGAAGGACUCAUAUUCUUGAUGGCGAUUGUGCUCUUAAAUCAGGGGUGAACGUUUCAUUUAAUAAUGCUAUCGUGGAGGGUGAACUGGAGAAACAGUGCGGGGUGUCUGACUCGUCCUAUUGUAUAUGGUGGAUCAAGAAUAAUAGUGAACAUGUGAAUGAACUCAAUAUCCGUAUGUUUAUAAUUUUGAUAAUGCUCACAUUAUUAACGGUUUGAUA